ACGGACUAGUCUGCCCUCUGUUAAAAUCCCAAAGAGUAAAAGUAUUAUACUCUUAUUCUCAAUCUAGCGUUACCAUCUCAAGUUCAGCAUGAUGAACACAAUCUUUCCCACUUUCCUUUUUGCUUAUCUCGUCACCACGUCUUGGGCCUACUACGGCACCAAGGCCCAGACCGACCCCUCCUGCCCCGCCUUUUUCACCAGCUUCGGUGACUCCUGCUACCGUUUCUUCGGUGAGGUUUUGCCGUGGGGUGAGGCCGAGGCCCACUGCCGGCAGUACUUCUCCCCUGUGGGAACACAGGGCCAUCUCGUGUCCAUCCACAGUGAUGCGGAGAAUGCGUUCAUCUAUGAGUUAUGGAGGAGCUCCAAGAUUGUGCCGUCUUCGGUUAGUGGCAGCUACAACAGAUUUGACUCGGUCUGGACCGGCCUGAACGACAUAUCGGUGGAAGGCAACUACCAAUGGAGCGACAAUAGCCCCGUGAGGUACAAGAUGUGGGCCGGCCAAGAACCGAACGGAUCGAAUGAGAAGGACGACUGUAUACACAUGAUGGACAUCCAUGGGCAGGGUAUACCAGGGGCAUGGAACGACAUUGACUGUGGUCACAACGGCGGUUUGCCAUUCAUAUGCAAACUCAAAAUGACCAAAUAUUGAGGACUUAGCCAAGGAAACAGGGUGGAAAAUCUUAGUGUUUUUGGUCACAAAAUGAAUCUGUACGUGUUUUGAUACGAAGUCGAUAAAAUCGCAUAUCGAAGAAGCAAGAUACAGAAAAGAUAGACAACACUUAUGAAAAAAACAUAGUUAAUUGAUAGGUUAAACCUGUGUGGUAGAAUAUCAGACUUCGAUUUGAAAGACUGAUUGUUGGGUGCAGUGUUGGGGGUAGCCUAGUCUAUGUAAUAGACCCUUGUGCAGGGCUCCGUGGACGACGGGUGAUACUCAGAAUAGGGGUAGCCCGAGGUUCAAGACAAUUGUAGCCACUUUAUAAUUGAAAAUCAACUGCAAACGUUCUUGAAAAAUAAUAUAUUUUGAUCUGCCCUUUUUGAAGCAUUUUUAUGAAUUAAAACAAUAAUGUGUUUUAUUAAUAAUAUCUUCAUGAUUCUUCAUAAUUAACUUAUACCUUUGUCAGUUCCAUUGUUUUUUUCCCCGAAAGGUUUAGUUUAAGUCACAAUUUAGUCCUGAUUUAAUAUUUAAGUGACAAAAAGCUGGGUCGUUUUUUGUUAAAAUGCACCACAAAGUAUAAAUG